CUCUUUACUUGUGGUGUUACAAGUCGUUUAAUCAGUGCAAGUACCCGCAAAGUGAGAUGCUUUGUUGAGUUUAUUCGGUUUAUUCCAUCAGUUUAUGUAGCCUAUCCGCGAUAAUUUGGAAAGUUUUUCUGUUUUUAUAAUAAAUAUUAGAAAUAUAUCGUCACGGCAUGACCUCACGGGAAGGCUGUUCGACAUUCGCUAUCCCUUGCGAUCUCGGCAAGCGACAUGGACUAACGGCAGCUUGGAUUACUGAGGACAAAAUUUCGGUUACUGCCUACAGCAAUCAAUUGCUGCAAUCUAUUAGGAAUCGUCCAGCGAACACAUCAUCCGUCAAUGUGUAUCAUUUAACGUCAAGCUUCAUUUUGGACGAACCGAUUCUUCGCAGCUUGGUUACAGAAUGCAGCAAUAUUUUUCUAAACCUACAGCUGGUAAAAAACAGUUCUUCAGGUUCAUCGAUAGAUUAUUUAAAGAUUUCGCGCACAUACCGUAGUGCGAUCAGAGCUUGCCUGGAAAAGUUACAGGAUGUACUAACCUCCACGAAUUUGCCGGACGUAGAGCAGUACCAGAACUAUGUGACCAUUUUCUAUUCGGUGGAAUGUAUAUGGCACUUGGUUGAAAUCCUGAUUGUCGAUACUACUUCAGUUAAUGCCGUGGUCCCUAAUUUGCUGGAUUGGGUACGGUUCCAUUUUCCAACAUCGGAACGACUAGCGGCUGAACUGCUCAAACAGGGGCGAGAGGUUGAUUCCAGCGAUGACUACUGGCCGGUGGUGAAAGGUUUGAUCAUACAAGGACAACUCAAUGUAGCCCGGGCAUUGCUCAAAAUGCACACAAACUCAGAAAGUGUUUGCUUUGAAGUGGCCGAACAGGUUCUGCAAACGAUGCCGGUUUUUAGCGUUUACGGUGGAUUAUCGAUUCAGAAGUUCAAAUCGCAGUGGCAGUACUGGACAGCAAAUGCAAGAUCGAAAAUUGAGGCGGGCAUUUUGGCAGCAGAACCGGAACUGGAGGAAAUUGUCAGGCUCGUGAUUGGUGACCGUCGAGCAUGGGCCGAACAGUGCAAAUACGCUUCGUGUUGGUAUGAAUUUUUCCCAGGGUAUUUGUUCUACACUGAAUCUACGUGCAAGUAUUACGAGCUGGGUACUUUUGCAAACAACUGGUUAUCACAGUGGAUUAGCACCGGUGGAACAAACCCAACGUACAAGUACCUGGACAAGAUUAUUCUAUCGGUGAUGGAAAAUAAUUUACCACAAGUGCUUCAUAACAUACAAAACAUUUGCGACAACAAGUGGUUCGUUACUCAUUUGGUGGAUUUGCUGUACCACUGUGGCCACCUAACGCUUUCCACUGGUAGUAAUGAGGAUCAGAACUCGGAAAAACUGUUUCGAGAGUCACUGCUGUACGAUUUCGGAGGCCUGCUAAUGUCUCGCGAUUGUUCGCUGUGGGAAUCCGGUUUGGAUUAUUUGGAGUUUUCCAGUACGGAAGGUUUGGGUGCAAGAGAAGCUCUUUUGGCACGUAUGCCAAUCAAGAACGAGAGACAGGCAAUGAAACUGAUCAGUGCGGCAAAGAAAAAUGGUUUCGCUUCAGUGGAAAGUGAAAUCUGUAAGGUGCUAGUGAAAAGAAAUCUAGCCAAUAAAUUGUACGGAAAUGCUUUGGAAUGGGCGAUUCGUUCGAAGGAUAGUUUCUACGUAACGGCAGUGGCGAACAUUUUUCUGGAGCACUACUGUAACUAUGGUGAGAUCAUGUGCGAAGAUGUGAUCGCAAAUAUUGGCGCGAAAAUGUUUAUUUCGCCUAGAUUGAUUUUUUUGGUGAAAUAUUACGAUUUUCGUCAGUUCUACCGAGAGCGCUCGUUCGCGCAGGCGGCUGAGUUGCUGAUCAAUCUUUUGGACUCGAAGAUCACCCCCAGUUACUUCUGGCCGUCGCUCCUGGCGGACACUAUUCCGCUUCUCGAGUUCAAGGAACCCGUUAUUCCAACUAAGGAAACCUAUACUAUUCUGCAUCACCUCGAAUGGGACUUGGUGCCGAUGAUUGAGAAGCGUAAGGAACAGCUAAAGGGCAGUAACCGAAUGGAAACCGAUAGCGGCGAUAACGAUAUGAACAACCAAGCGUUAAUUAGCAAAUUUUCCUCUAAUUUACUGAAUAACUGCACAGAUGAUUUGGUCAAGCUGCUGCGGCUGGCUUGUGCGCGGAAUUUGGCACGAGCAUUCAUCAUUGAGAAUACAGCCACUGAUUAGGAUGCGUUGGCAUUUGAAUUUUUUCACUUGAAUAAAAUUUCAUUGAAUCAUAA